AUGCGUAUUUCGCUCGAGCCAAUGGACGAUCCUGAGGUGACCCAGAAAGUGCCUUUGGGGGAGCAGAUUCGCCGAAUCACACAGGAGAAGGGCUCUUUUGCCAACCUGACGGAAGAAGGGCUGGCUGAAGAUAUACAGAGUCCAGUGGAGACAGAGGAGAAACCAGCAGAAGAAGGACUCGAGGAAGGGCCGCGGCAGAAGCUUAUUGCGGCUGUGCGAUCGGCACUCAAUGAAAGUGCGUUAUCUCUGGAUUUUGUUUCGUUGCUAAUUUCAGGCUUACGGCCCCAGUCAGGUGCGUCUUCGAUGUCACCUGCCUUAAAACGACAAGUGCCUAUUGGGACCCUAGGAUGUGAUACUAUCAAGAAAGAACAAACUUCGAUCAACAAGACCCGGCCAGGAGCUGGUUGGAAGCUAAUUGCUUUGGAAAAUGCUUCCAAGCAUCUUCGGGGCUCGUCCGUCCGUCUCCAGGGCGAAGCAGAGAAAGAAGCACGAUUCUGGAACGAGCUUUUACAAACAGUAAUGGGCGGAGAGGUUGUUGUCAAAACAAACCGCGGUAAGAUGAAAGGUCUUAAUGUAAAAUACGGCUUUGAGGAAUCCGGAUCCACAUAUUUUGGCACAGGCACUGGCAAGCUCAUCCGAGGAGCUGAUGGAUCGGUGGUGUUCAAAACGAAAUCCACCCAAGAAAAAAAGAUUGUGCGCGUCAGAAGUUUUUCGGGAGACGGAGAGGAGGUUGGAUGCGGGUUUAUUGGCGCUGAAGCUCAAACGGAACUUCAAACCGCACGUAACUACUUGUUUGAAGAAGAGCUAUUUUUCCUGCUCCAGCAAGAAGCCAGGACUUUGGGGGCUUACAGAGUGUUACUUGAAAGCGACACUAUCGUAUGUGAGUCAUUCGAGGGUCGGUUGGAGAUCGACUUUGUCGAGGAGUCAAUGGCUCUUGGCCCUAAAGACCAACUAGCGCAACUUUUAUGUGCACUACUGCAUCUGAUUCUCUGCUAUUACUAUUCUGAGAAUUUGAAAAAACAACAAAGUACUCCUGAGCCUUUAGAAUCCACCAAAAAAUCGGACCAACCAAGAAUAUACUCUAUUCUCCGCCCACUGCUUUCGCACAUGCACCAAGCAAAACUUGCAGCUCGAGCGGUAAGACUGGCCGAAAUGAUUUUACCCAACAGCAAAAUUGAUAGCACCCGAUCAAUUGCAGACGAGACAGUUUCAGAUAUUCUUUUCACCCCUCCGGAAUCGCAUGUGCGCAUUACAGCAGAAACCGAGAUCAAUGUCCUCGUGAGAUCGCCACUCUCUCCUGGAGCAGUAUUUAUCGCUAGGUGUGAUGGAUUCAAGGCUGAACUUUACGAUUUAACCGAGCUCGAGAUGUGGCUCAAAGGUAAAGCCUUAGCGUCUUAA